UCUGCGAAGCUGCGUUAGUGAUUAGUGUUCUUUCGUGUAGUGCUUGCGCGUGUUCUCAAGUAGAAUUCUGUCAAUAAUCAUUUUCUCUCCUCAAAAUCGAGUGUCACCAUUGUUUAUACAGUGAAGAAGUCGCGAUGAUCGUUCGCCAGUAAAUUAAAGAUAAUUGGGUCAUGCUGCCAGAUGAGGGGACAGGGCGAAGGACUCGGAGAAGAUUUCAGGAUGGGGCCCCCGAAUCCCAUCUUGUCUCGGGCCCCAGGAGAUCGUAAAUCGCCACUCCGUUCGAUUCUUUCGGUUCGAAACGAGGAAGUGGUCGAAGCAGAGAUGAAGCUUCGCAGUCGUUGUCGAACGAUUUUCGAUUUCAAGAUUCGAAAACGUAGUCGUCGUAGAACGAUUCCCGUCGAGCGGGGAGAUUCUCGAGGCUCGAUCGAAGACGUCCAGACGCAACGUUCGGGUGCAACGAACGCCUGAAUGCGUUUCAUCCUACGUCGUUCGCACGUUGCAAACCACUUUGUGUCGCAUUUCGAACCAUCGGCGUCGUCGAAACAUCUGGAUAAAAGAGCGACGCUUUGUGCAUCUUCAGACGAGGGUGGAUUACUGCCAGAGAGCGGUGGUGUCGUGGAGAAUGACGUUGUGGUCGGUGAUGCCACCUGCGUGAGGAGCUGCGACCCCCAUCAACAACACCAACGGCAACAUCCCCCGCAUCAUCAUUACGGCCAAGAGCAGCCCCACCUCCGAGAGCACCAGCAGCAAUAUCAACAACGUCAGGAGGAGGAGCUGGAAGAUCUGCUGUGCUUUCGUGGACCAUCGGAACAGGAGAUGGUGGCCCAAGAAAUGGCACAGAGUUACACGCAGCUCCUCCAUCCGAAUCAGGAGCCGCAGGAAUUCAUAUCCUUGGAAGAGUUACAGCCGCAUCUGCACCAGGAGCAUCACGUCCACGACAACCAUGGCCAGGUGGUGUCGACGAUGCCGUCGACGAACGCUCAACUCUACCAACACCAUCAUCAACAGCACCAGCAACGAAGUUACUAUAAUCUCUCGGCCGUCCAAGAAAAUUCCUGUUCCACGGUUUACUUCGGCGACAUAGGUACGGGCUCGGGGGUGGGAGAAGUAACCGCCGUCUCGGCGGGGGGUGGCAAAGGUCUCAGCCUGACUCCAACCCCCGCCAGCAACAGCAACAACACAACCACCGCCGCCCCCAGUACCACCGGCGUUACCACCAUUACCACCACCACCGACACCACCCCGCAGGUCGUAACGGGGGCUGAACCGCCCCAGCAUAUGGAGACACCCCCGACUAUGGUCCCCGACCAGGCACCCGCCUCCGGCCAUCACUACCACCGUCACCAUCAUCAUCGUCAUCAUCACCAACGCAGCGCAUCCUCCACCCCCAGCCAUGAGCCGACCACCACCGAUACCUCCGACGAAUUCGUCGCGGUUUCCAGAAAGCGGAAGCUCUCCUGCCACGACGGUAGUGACUUGUUGGACGACACGGGAGAUGAUGCCAAAUCUGUUCGCACAAACGACGACAGUAAAAAACAGAAUCAUAGUGAGAUCGAAAAGAGAAGGAGAGACAAGAUGAACACUUACAUCACAGAGCUUUCAGCGAUGAUACCGAUGUGCCACGCGAUGUCUCGCAAACUCGAUAAGUUGACCGUAUUGAGAAUGGCGGUGCAACACUUGAAGACCAUCCUGGGUGCCGUUACCUCAUAUACGGAAGGUCACUAUAAGCCAGCAUUCCUCAGUGAUCAAGAGCUUAAAACGCUCAUACUUCAAGCCGCGGAGGGUUUUGUCUUCGUGGUGGGCUGUGAUCGCGGAAGAAUUCUUUACGUUUCCGAGUCUGUUUUGCAGACACUCAACUAUUCUCAGGGCGACCUGUUGGGUCAAAGUUGGUUCGAUAUCCUGCACCCUAAAGAUGUUGCCAAGGUGAAGGAACAGUUAUCUUCUUCGGAUCUCAGUCCACGUGAACGUUUAAUAGACGCCAAAACAAUGUUACCAGUGAAGACGGACGUACCACAAGGUGUAUCGAGACUCUGUCCAGGUGUUCGGAGGUCUUUUUUUUGUAGGAUGAAACGAAAAGUGGAAAGUGUUCGUUGUGGCAAGUUACAAGUAAAAGAGGAAGCUGACACUACCAGCGGCUGUCAUCGACGAAAAAAGCAACAAAACGUCGAUUGGAAGUACUGUGUGAUUCAGUGCACUGGUUACCUAAAAUCUUGGGCACCAGCAAAAAUCGACCUCGAGGAACAGGAAGGUGACGGGGAUGGGGAUGCUUGCAAUUUAUCCUGUUUGGUAGCAGUCGGUCGUUUGCAGUCCACAAUACCUGCGUCCUUGCCUAAGAAGCCACGAUUAAGGCCUAUAAAAUUUAUUUCGCGACACGCAAUGGAUGGGAAAUUCCUAUUCGUUGAUCAAAGGGCUACCUUAGUAUUAGGUUUUCUACCGCAAGAGCUCCUCGGUACGAGCAUGUACGAGUACUAUCAUCACGAUGAUAUACCUCAUCUCGCGGAAUCUCACAAAGCUGCUCUUCAGGCCACUGAAUGCGUCACCACGCAGAUAUACAGGUUUAGAACCAAGGGUUCCAGCUUCGUGAACCUUCAAUCCGAAUGGAAAUCGUUCAGAAAUCCGUGGACCAAAGAUAUCGAGUACCUAAUAGCUAAAAAUUCUGUUACUUCCUGUGACCCUCGUUCGACCACAAAUAGCGGAAAUAGAUCUGAGGAUUCCAGCGUUCAGGGCAACUACGACUAUUUCACGCAAAGUAACGGUGGAUUAGAAAGAUUGAUCUCAAGCCACGUAGAGGUAAGUAAAAUCGGACGACAAAUAGCGGAAGAGGUUCUGGACCUUCAAAGACGCGGAGAGGAUUCUUCUUCCGGUAGCAGUCCUGUGCCAGGACCAGAACCUACUUUGUUAAAUACCGAGGUGCUCUCAUCGAUACCCAUUGAAGAGGAACAGGCUGCAUAAAUUUAGAAGGUUUUAAUUGAAUUCUAAACUAAAGAGACCAAUUCUGUUCAAUAUUUUUAUACAAGCGGCUUAAUUUGGUGGCUGUCAAAGAGGUUUAUACAAUUGAGUUUAUUUUCUCUUGAGAAAACGUCAUUAAAAAAGUAACUCAAAGUAUCAUUUAAUAAAACAGAAAUAAACAGAUAAACAUUUUUCUACUCGCACAGAAAUGGUCAAAAAGGUGAAAUUCGUCAACCUAUAUUCAACUUCGUCUAACUCUAAGCACUUUAAUUGUACAUCAAUUUUAACUAAAUGUAGUAAAAAUUAUUAACAGUCGAAUGCUAGGUUAUUAUCAAUUUCUGAAGCUAUGUUCGUCGCAAGGUAACAUCUCAUGGUCAAAUUUAUCCAUAUCGCUACAAAUUAAUUUAUUUGUGGCUACAUCUACACAUUCCUGUAUCGCACACCUUUUAUUUUAUCCUAAUGCUCUUAACCGUCGUCAAUUUCUUGGUGAAGACAUAAGAGUAUGAGUUAAGAGUUUUCUUUGCUGGAACUUUCCAGCCAAUCCAAACAUCGAAUACCCAAACAAAGUGUCUCAACGUUUAGUCGACAUUGCAAACUUUAUCGAGAAAGAUGCUGAUGGAGGUAGAGUGAACAGUUACCCACAGCUACACAAGUCUACGCAUACCCAUCUAAUAUGAUACGAAAUACUUUCUUUUUUUUUUUUAUUAUUUAAAAACCUCAGAUAAGGUUCAUAUAUACAGUAGUAUGUAUAAUACAGUUUACGUGUACAUUAUAUCCACAGUUUACAUUCUUUUAAGAAAUCAAAAAUACAUAGACAAGCUGCAAUAUUAGGUUUCGCAACAAGCGAUUCAACAUUAAGUGGGAGACAGUUUCAUUUUUUGGAGCUUCUUAAUUAGCUUGGUCCUUGAACUAUCGUAGAGCCUGCAUUGCCAAAUCACAUGAUUGAUGUCUUCGAUUUCAUAGCUGCAUUUACAUUUAGGGUCGCUUAUUAUCUUAAUGCGGGCAAGAGAGCCAGCAAGAUUAUGAUGCCCAGACCUAAUACGAUUUACUGUGACAAUAAAUUCUCUUUUAUGUUUACUGCGAAAAUACCAUGGUCUGCUACUGUCAUUGAGAUAUAAUUGAAAGCAUUUCAUCCCUUUAAAGGCACCCUGAUCCUUGAUCAUACUCAAAGUGACUGUUACAUAUACAGUGGGUGUAGAAAGUAUUCGUACACCGAUCAAUUUCCAAAAAUAAUUAUGUAAAAUCGUAAUUUAUUAACUUAUUUUUUAUAAACAAUGACAUUCUACAUAUUCUCGAAAAUCUCUAGAAUAGAUAGAUAGAGUACAAACAAAAUAGCUAUUUAUGUAAGUUACGAAAUUAACACACACAAAAAACAAUUAAUCGAUAGAAAUAUUGAAGAAAUAAGUAUUCGCACAACUGUUUAAGUUUUAAAACUUCAUUAAAAAAAAAAAGAAAUUUACAUUAAUUUACAAGUAUAUAAUACUUCCUUCGUGGGAUUUCCUUUUGAUUUUAUAAUUAUUGCAACUCUUCUAAGCAUUAAAUUAACUAAAUUAUUAGUUAUUCGAAGUGGGAUCUUCUUCGAUUCCUCUAUUAGAGCCAUUUUUAAAAGUACUUUACUGGAAAUUUGGUGUUUUCUAAUUCGCAAGGAGCAAUAAACUAAUGUGUUUAAUCGUCAUAAAAAUCGUACAAAUAUUUAUUGCUUCUAUACUUUUACCAGUUUUCCCAUUUUUUUUGUUAAUUUCACAAAUUAUAUUAACUAGUAAAUAUUGUUUGGACUAUAUCCACACUGUAUCUUAGAGACUUUCGAGAAUAUGUAAAAUACCAUUGAUUACAAAAAAAGAUGUUAAGAAACUACAAUUUCACACAAAAGUUUUUUGGAAAAUUGAUCGGUGUACGAAUACAUUCUACACCCACUGUAUAAAUAAAAAUAUACUACUUUUGUGGCAUCCUGAACCGAAUUUUGAACUGGACAAAAUGUUCCUUUAUUUUGUUUGCUCCAGUAAUGAAACGAACGACGAAUCACUGAUACAUUUAUACGCCUGAUUGAACACAUUCAAUUUCACGAGUUGAUUUCACUUUAAAAUAAAUCAGUCUACCUGAAAGACGAGUGAGCGACAGACCGCAAAGGGUUAAUUUAGAAAAUAGAAACUCGAUAUUUCGAUAGAAUUGUCUAAGAUUGCUCAUGUCGCAAAAUUUUGCA